AUGCUUGCUUCUACUCCCCUUCCACUGCGCUCUGGUUAAGCUGAAUGCCUCACUCUACUUGUUCAGUAGCUCAUUGUGUGCACUUGUUGUCGUUACCUCUUCCCGAAGUACCCCCCCAUUGUGUGUGCGAUAAUGGCGUCUGCAAUGGCCACUGCUGCUGCUGCCCAGGUGAGCCGUGUGGUGACCGGAGUCGCCACAGCCCAGAAGUCCAGCUUCUUCGCCGGCUCCAGCUCUGUUUCCCUGCUGGGUUGCUCUAAUGGCAGCCGUGUGUGCAUGGCCGAGUGGCUUCCCGGCAACCCUCGCCCAUCUUACCUCGAUGGCUCCGCCCCAGGAGACUUUGGGUUCGACCCCUUGGGACUGGGAGAGGUUCCUGAGAACCUGGAACGAUUUAAGGAAUCUGAGCUCAUUCACGCCCGCUGGGCUAUGCUUGCCGUUCCCGGAGUGUUGAUCCCUGAGGCCCUCGGUUACGGCAACUGGGUGUCUGCCCAGAAGUGGGCAGCUACACCAGGUGGCCAGGCUACCUACCUCGGCAACCCAGUUCCAUGGGGCAAUCUCCCUGUGAUCUUGGCAAUUGAAUUCCUUGCCAUCGCCUUCGCCGAAUCCCAGAGAAAUGGCGAGCCUGAUCCCGAGAAAAGGAAGUACCCAGGUGGUGCCUUUGAUCCUUUGGGUUUCUCGAAGGGUGCCAAUCUCGAAGAGCUGAAGCUUAAGGAGAUCAAAAACGGCCGCCUCGCCCUCGUGGCGUUCUUGGGCUUUGCAGUCCAAGCCAUUGCCUACCCUGGCACCGGCCCUUUGGAGAACCUGAAGACUCACUUGGCUGACCCGUGGCACAAUACCAUCGCUCAUGUCAUCAUUCCCCGAUCUGUGCUGUAGAUUAUCAACUCGUCGAGACUUCAGAAUCUUUCCUCCUGCAGUAACCACUAGACGGAGAUGUGGUGGUUGACAUAUUCUCGCCAUUGUAAUAUCAUAAGGCUACUUUAUUCGCUGGCCUCCCCUGUAUACAAGACAAGUAGUUGCCCAAUUGCACUUGACUUCAGUGAA